GCGGAGGAAUUUCGCUUUGCAGCAGAGGGUGGCUCCUAUCCACAAGAGACGGUGGGGGAAUCCUCUCUCUCUCCCCAUCUCACGCCGUAUCCAUUUCUCUCGCGCGCGCUCUCCCCGGACUCGCAACCAACUCGCACAGCGCAGCACGCGACGCUCCCCGACGCGCAACUUUCCACAUCCACCAGUUGCAACAAGGUCGACCCGUAUCGAUACCAGCCACGCGUCUACCUGCCUACCACGGCGACCACAGCCACCACCCCCACCACCACCACCAACAACAACAACAACCACCACCCUCGGCAUCCCCCGCGCACACAACACCAGCACACCCAGCGAGUGUCGUCCCUCCUCCACUCCGAGUCCCGCGGGAGACCGAGUCGAUCAUCGAUGAUGGCGCCGCACUGGUUCCCGGGCACAUGCGCGCUCAUCUGCUGCUACAUUUUAUCCGGGUCCGUCACAACAGCAGCAGCAACAGCAGCAGCAGCACAGCAGCAGCGUAACAUCAGCGUCAUCGUGCUGCUACCGUUCGACAACAGCUACCUCUUCUCCAUGGCGCGCGUGCGACCCGCGCUCGAGUUCGCCAUCGAGGCCACGGAACGCGACGGCGCUCGGAGCGCCCUGCGGCCGGGCGGACGCCGCUUCUCGUUGCGCUUCGCCGACUCCACGUGCGGCAACCAGGCGCUCUUCGCCGCCGUCGACCUCCACGGCGAGCGCGCACCGGACCUCAUCGUAGGACCCGCGUGCGUUUACGCAGCCGCGCCCGUGGUGCGCCUGGCGAGCCACUGGAACGUGCCCGUGGUCACGGCCGGCGCCCUGGCCGCGGGCUUCGGCGCCAAGCAGGGCGAGUACGCGAUGCUCACGCGCGUGGCGCCCUCGUACCAAAAGCUGGGCGUCUUCUUCCUCGACCUGUUGCGCAGCUUCCAGUGGUCGCGCGUGUCCCUCGUGUACCACGACGACCACGAGGAGAGGAGCUGCUACUUCGCCGCCGAGGGUGUCCACCUGGCGCUGUCCGAGUCGGAGAACUUCUCGGUGAAGAUCGACGGCUUCAACGAGGUGAAGAAGGAGAGCUACGAGGCCAUGGUGGAAGAAAUCAGGAGCACCGGCAGAGUGGCCGUGAUAUGCGCGAGCGCCGACACAGUCCGCAACAUCAUGCUGGAGGCCCAGCGCAAGGGGAUGACGAACGGAGACUUUGUCUUCUUCAACAUCGAGCUCUUCAACAGCACCAUCUACGGCAACGGGAACUGGCUGAGGGACGACGGGCGCAACGACGAAGCGCGGAGGGCGUUCCGCGCCCUCAAGACGGUGACGCUGCUCCGCUCGGUGCGGCCCGAGUUCGAGGAGUUCACCGUCGCGAUGAGGCAGCGCUCGUUGGUGCAGCACGGCUUCGAUUACGGCAACGAUCAGGUGAACAUGUUCGUCGAAGGCUUCCACGACGCCAUGGUCCUCUACUCCCUGGCCCUGCACGACGCGUUGAGCGGCGCGGGCAACCAGCAGGCGGAACCACCCUCGGGUCUCGAGGUCACGCGCCUCAUGUGGAACCGCACUUUCCAAGGCAUCGCCGGGCCCGUGUCUAUAGAUGACAACGGGGACAGGGAAGGUGACUUCUCUGUGCUGGGCAUGACGGAUGGAGACACUGGAAAGCAAGAGGUCAUCACCAACUACUACGGAGCCCGCCGGGCGUUCGAAAACACGGCCGCGAUGGAGCUGUCCUGGCCCGGGGGUUCUCCUCCGCCCAACACCCCGCUAUACGUCGUCAGGAGCUCGGCCGUGUCCGGAGUCGUGAUCGGAGGCUUCGUGCUGUGCGCCGCGGUUCUCAUCGCAGCCUACGUUGUCAGGCGGAGGUAUACGGUGGUGGUGAUGAGGCGCUCUCGGCUGCACGGGGAGGACCUGGAGAAGCACAGCCGUCUGCGGGAAGAUUCCGUCCGCUCGCAUUUCUCCGAGGCGUGAGGUCUCGGGAUAUGAAAAACCGCCCCUCCCCAAAAAACAAGAGAAGAGGUUUAUUAUUUAGGGCCCGAGAGCGUUUGUGCCUGCAUGAAAUAUCGGCGUGCGUCUUCCCUUCUCUGUGUGAAAACAACAUCAAAACGAGGGAGUUUAAUUCGCAUGGUGAAGGCGCAGCCCCCUUGCGAUCGCUUUG